GUGCAAUCUUAGAACAUUUUACCGUGCAACUGGGCGAAAGUAAUGAUACCAAAUUGAAAGAGCACCGUCAUCUAGUGACAAGUCCUACAGUGAAUGCCUUUUUAAUUUUGUUGUAUUAUAAAACCAUGUAUUUCCGGUUUGUAGAUACAGAUGGCGCUUGUUGCUGUUAGCCGACUAAGUUGAAAGUACGGUUUUAGUUCAUUACAGCUGUAGUGACGAAGUGACCAUUUUAUUCUUGAAUCAUUAUAAUCCGUAUGGUGGAUGCUAAAUGUUACCAUUCAAAAAAAAAAAAAAUUUUAGUAGUUUUAUGUUAUCAUCAUUGUAUAUAUUUUGAGAUAUAGUUUAAACAAAUAAAUUAUAAAAACUGCCAUAAUUUUAAUUUAAUUUAAAACAGUAAAAACUUGAUCUAAAUAAUUAACAAAAUUCGCGUCGUAGUAGUUAUUUUGUACUUUUUACUUGCAGUAAUGAAACAAGCUGUCAACAAUCAAUGGCGGUCUGUCUGUCGUUAGUGCCGGUUGUUUUUGUUGAUAAAUUCAUCAAUUUAUAACCUAGUGCUUCUCCGAAUCUCCGUAAUUCUUCAAGUUGAGCCACUGCUCCUUGGGUUUACGUCGAGUGUUUUCAUCAAACUAGUGCUUCUCCGUGAAUUCGUUGAGUUGAGCCCUUGCUCCUCACGAUUAGCGUCGAGUGUUUGUUCUAGUAUUUUUCGAGAUAGAGACUCUGAGACUAUAGUGCUUCUAAGUGACAUUACCAUGUCUAGUAAACGUUGUUGUGUUCCUCAGUGUGUGGAAGUCGAAGGCUCUUACAGAGUUCUUCAUUGGUUUCCAAACCCUGAUAAGGACAUUGCUCGUUUCCGAACAUGGGUUCAUGCUAUUGGAGGAGAAAUUUUGAGUCUGAGCAAUGAAAAUAUUUAUAAACUUCGUCGAGUUUGUCAUGCUCAUUUCGAAGAGAAAUAUUGUUGCCGUUACAACAAAAUUUCUAACAUAGCUGUUCCAACAUUACAUAUGCCAGGACCUUUAUCAAAAUUUAUCUGCACUGAUAGAAAACCAUUGAGGGAAGUUGAAAAUUUACCUUCUACUUCAAAAGGACCACUAUCACUUCAAGAUUCCCAAAAACCAUUAAAAGAAAAUGAAGCACCAGCACCAGCUACUGUUGAACCUGAUACAGUUGUUGAGAAUCUUGAAAUACAAGAAUACAAAUUGGAGGAUAAAUAUGGUCCAAACACUGCUAAAAAAGUAGUGACUCAUAAGAAAAUGACCAAAAAUGAGCGAUCCUUAUACCAAAAAUUGGUAAACAUUAGGAUUAAGUUAUCGAAGUGUCGGAACAGAGCACAGAAACAAUCCCUGCAAUUAAAAGCAGCCAAAAAUUUUAUGAAGAAUAGCAACUUUAUAGCUACUAUUAACAAUAUGCCAAGUGCUGCUAAACUUUUAACCAUGUUGCAGUUUAGAGAGUCUAAAAAGAAAGAAAAAGGCAGAAGAUUUUCUACUGAAGAAAAAAUAUUGGCUUUGGCAAUGCUGAAGCAAAGCCCCAAAGGCUAUCGAUUUCUGCGAAGAAUGUUGGUUUUGCCUUCACAGCAAAUACUAAAUACAUUUUUAAACCAGCCUAAAUAG